AAGGGGGCGGGACGAAGAGGCUUGUCACGAGACAAGCAGCCAGUCAAAACGCUUGUGGCGGUAGCCGGGUGUUGUUGGGUAUUUUUUGUUUGUUUGUUUGUUUUCUCCUCGUCUUAAUAGUGAUUACGACGCAUGCAAUCGUCCACGCAAUCAUGUGCAAUAGCGACUUUAGCACGUCAUGCUAGCAGCGUUGUUUACCCACCAGCGACUCGGAACUCCGCCUCUUGUAAGCGCGAAGAGGACGAGGGGUGGGGGGUGGCAGGGGGAGUGAGGUCAGCAGCCGCCUAGCAUGAGUCAAUCUCGGGCAAAGCAACGCAGCAGUCAUCGCCGCCUCGGUUCUGCACGGUGCGGACGGACCGAGCGUCACCGUCGUCGUCCGCAGCGCGACCUUUCGUAACGUUAAACACGUCGUCACCCAUGAAUGAGGAAGAGAGAGAAAAAAAAUCGGAAGAGGAAGAUAACUUGACGUCGAUGCAGUUUUACUCCUCUUCGGUCUUGUACUUAUGCUAGAGUGACCGGAAGGUUUUCCCCGACGCCGGAUUUUUCAUGCUGACCAUGAGCGUACCGGCCCAGCAGAAACCUGGCGCAGCAAAACGAACGGGCAAACGCAUCACCUUUUUCUCCGAUCCCACCAUGAAGGAGACCGCUCAGCACGGCGAAGCGUCCUACUACAUCCAGGGCGGCGGCGGCGGCGGCGGCGGCGGCGGCGAACCCGGGAAAUCGGAGGCGGCGAGCGGCGCGGCGGCGUCCAAUCCGGAGGGCCAUCGCGUAUACCUCAACUCGGUUAUCUUCAGCCCCGACAAGGGCGACCAGAACAGGGGUCACUAUCAGCAGACGCUGCCUAUGAAGUGGCCCCACCAGGAGUCGGGUCAGCCGCAGCCCAGAGCCACCACUUGGACCCCCGUGGCCAACUGGGGUCAGAACUUUGUCAACUACUUGAGUGAGUCCAGGAACCAGACGGACUUCGUAAAACAGGAAACCGGAGACGAGGUCGGAGACAAGCAAGCGCCCGCAUACGACCCCGCGGCGGACUUAUACCGAGACGCCGUGAAGGCGAGGGGUCUCGAUUGGGACCAGCAGCAGCAGCAGCAGUCCCAGACUUUUCAGGAGACCCUGAAACCCGGGGCGCUGAACCCGCAGCCCAACAGCGCGUCCCACCCUGUGGGCAGCUCGGUCUUGCAGCCUUUUCAGCUGGCGUUCGGGCAACCCCGCCAGCACCUGCCCCCCUACUACCAAAGCUUCCAGGGCAACGCCAGGUUACCCAACCCGCCCAACUACUCCGUGCAGGCCAAGCUCCCCCAGCAGGCUCCGCAGGUACAGCGUCAGAACCUCAUCCAGCAACAACUUGAACAGCAGCAGCAGAUGAUUCUCCAGCAGCAACAGCAUCAACAACUCCAAAUGCAACAUCAGCAGUUGCAACAACAAAGCCAGCACGUGCUCGACUACUACCCGCCAAACGUGCACUCCCACCCGCAGUUCGUACACUCCCAGGAGCCAUCGUUGGCGGCCGCCCCCCCACAAAUCCAGGAACCGCUCAUCCAGGACGUCACCCCGGCGCCGCAGUCGUUCGACCCGCCGUCCCUUCCCUCCGUUCCGCCGGAGCCCUCAUCGGAGACGCAGAAUCUCCGCAGGUCGCGGCGCCUCUCCAAGGAAGGGGGGGCGCCGUCGGACGACAACCCCUUCCCGGGCGACCCGGCCAUGCGGGGCCCUCAGAACGGGACGCGCGGCGGCGGCGACGCCGACGUCCUGGCCGCCCCGACGGGGGUCAUCCAGAGCACGCCGCGGCGGAAGCGCCGCGUGUCGCAGGAGGUCAACUUGGAAACUUUGGCGCAGAAGGCUUCCGAGAUGGAGACGCUGCCGUCGCAGGACGUCGAGGAGCCGCACAGGUCCUGGGGUCCCUCCCAGCCGGGUGGCCCCGGCAUGAAGCGGCCGCGAGACGACGGCCUGCUCCCGCUCGUCAUCCCCGUGUCGGUGCCGGUGCGCCGGCUGGAGCUUUCCUCGUGCGGCGACCGCGCCGGCGCGGCGCCGGCCUGCGGCUGGCCGCCGCUGUUGCCGCCGCCGCCGCCGCCCAGGCCCUCCGACCCGCCGGAGAUCGCCGGCGCAGAGCGCAAGCCGUCGGUCAUCGUCACACGCCGCCGCUCGCUGAGGAACUCGCUGAACGAGGGCUCGGAGCAGAACGGCGAGGACUCCCGCGCGGACGACGAUGUCGUGAAAAAGCUGAAGCGGCACCCGCGGCCCGAGCCCCUCUUCAUCCCGCCGCCCAAGCCCGGCGCUUUCACGGCGCCGGCCGCCGUCUACUCGGCCGUCACGCCGUACCAGAGCCACCUGCGCUCGCCCGUCCGCCUGGCCGACAACCCGCUGGCCGUGCCGCCCUACACGCCGCCGCCCAUCCUCAGCCCCGUGCGCGAGGGCUCCGGGCUCUACUUCGCCACCUUCCUGUCGGCGGCGCCGUCUGCCACGCCCAAGUCGGCCUCGCGCAACCUGCUCUGCUCAAGUAGCUGCGACAUGACUCCUCCGAUUCUGUCGGCAGUGAGCGAGCCCACUGCGGUCAGCAUUGAGCCACGGAUAAAUAUGGGCUCGCGGUACCAGGCGGAGGUGCCGGACCUGAGGCCGCGCUCCCUGGCGGAGCUGGACGCGCACGGAGCCGAGCUAGUCUGGGCUCCCCUGACGCAGCUGGAGGACAAGCCGGACUACCACAAAAGAGUGAAAGACCUGAUGCACCUGGCGUGUUCCAGCGCUUUGCGCGGCGGAGGCAGCAACCAGGAGCUGGCCCACCAUUGUCUGCACCGGAGCAACGGUGACAUCAUGGCCGCUUUAUCCCUGCUCAUGCUGAGCGAUCCCGUCUUUCCAACGUCCCACUCGUUGUCCGACUACCACUACUCAGGAUCGGACAAGUGGUCGGCGGCCGAGCGACGGCAGUUCAACAAAGGCAUGGCCGCCUACAAGAAGGAUUUCUUCAUGGUGCAGAAACAGGUGAGCACCAAAACGGUGGCGCAGUGCGUGGAGUUUUACUACUCCUACAAAAAGCACGUCAAGGUCGGCCGGAACGGGACGCUGAUCUAUGGCGAGGCGGCGUCUCCGUCCGGCGGGACGACCGAGGAGGAGGACACCAAUCCAAAUAAGGCCGCUCAUAGACUACAACAGCAGCAGCAGCAGCAGGAGGAAGAAGACAACAGGAAGUGGGAAGGCUCAGCUGACAGGAAACAAGAAGUCGGCCCUGCGCACACCCUGCCGUCGGCCGAGACCACCGCCACGGUCCUGAUCAUGAGGUCCCAGGAGGACGUCGUGGCCAGGGAUGGGCCGCCGCCGCCGCCGUUGCCUCCUCACGUCGUCGCACCCCCCCACAGGACCGGCCCCUCAACGGGCAACAAGGGCGCCGGCGGCCCCGAGGGAGAGUUCCCCUGCAAGAAAUGUGGCAGGGUGUUUUACAAGGUGAAGAGCCGCAGCGCUCACAUGAAGAGCCACGCCGAGCAGGAGAAGAAGGCGGCCGCCCUGCGCCAGAAGGAGGCGGAGGACCGCGCUCGCGCCGCCCAAGCCCAGGCCCGAGCCGCCGCUUUUAUGGCCGCCCGCCAGCCCAUCGGCACGCGGCAGGCGGGCGGCGACAGCGAGGACGACGAGGACGACACUUCGGACAGCGAGGACGAUGACGACGACUGGCAGUGACGCGCUUCACUGCGACUGCACCUUCAGGGACGUUUGUGUGUGUGUGUGUGUGUGUGUGAGUGGGAGUGCGUGCGUGUUCUCUAAGCUCUGCAACCUCAAAUCAAAAGCCAUGCUGCUUUUUUUUUCCUGCUUUUUUUCCCUCCACCCUCUACAGCCAUCACCAGGCCUCCCCCCUCCCCUUCCCGCCUUUCCAGGACCUUUGACCUUUUUUCAGACAGGUGGGACUGUUGCACUCUAGCGUCUUGUAAGAGUCGAUCGAUGCCUCUUUGACAAUCAAAAAAAAUCGUCGAUAUACUGUACAUUUACAGGGUAUUGCAAUUUGUUUUUGUCCCGCGUGGCUGCUUUGUACUUCCUGUUGUGUUUAUAUUCUUGUUGAUAACGUUUUUAGUUACGAUUGUCUUGAGCGUGUUGAGGUUUUUUUUAAAUUUGUAUUUAUUUCAACCAAUAGGAUGGCUGCUUGUUGGUUACUGUGAAGAAUUAAAAAGGGCAGGCCUGCAAUAGAUGGAGCGCAACACACACACACACACACACACACACACACACACACAAACUUUUUUUCCCCACAUGUGAGGACGCUGGGAAGGUUCUCUAUCCCGGCCAGGAGGCCUUCUCCUGGGCUUCAGACUCGCAGAUGACCCCCACCCCCCAUACAAAUUGUGUGGAUGACCCCAUUCUCAACUCACUGACAUAUAUUUAUGUAGUUUACAUUAUUUAAAAUUUGCCUGGUUCAUGGUUCACAGAUCCAGGGUGUGAGCUGACAGUGGCCACUUGGUGAUUUACCCUAGCCCAGCCAAACCUCGAUUCUGGGCUUCGGAGUCACAGAUUAUUACACCUCCUUGUGUGGAUGUAUGGCUGAUGUAUCAACUCGCUGGAAUAUUCAUUCAUUCAUAUUUUUUUUUUCAUGUUUUUUUUUUUACACGUGUAUGGCACCAUCAUACAUAAGUUUCACUGUGAGGAGGGUGGCUCAAAGUAAAAAAAUUCUGCCUUUGUUACUAAGGCAAGAGAGUUUGUUUUGUUUUGUUUUUUGGGGGGGGGGUGGUAGGAGAUACUUUGAGAGAUGGUUAAAUCCCAGAAUAUGACCUUGGGUCUAUGCACAGACUGUGUGUGUGUGCGCGUGUGUGUUGAUGACGCAAAACAGUAAAAUGGAAGACUGUUCCUGUUUGAUAUGUGUAAUUUAUAUUUCCUUCUUAUUUCGGGCUUGUUUUGAAAUUCUUGCAGCAGAAAAUUUGUAAAAUCAUAUUUAGCUAAUUACAUAAAAAAAGAAAAGAUGUAUAUGAGUGAAGGUCGACUUUCUACACUAUUUUCGUAAGGGGGUUCACACUAACGAUUGGAUCAACUGAAUGACGACGAGUGCUUUUUACGACCAUGUAACUUAUUUGUUUCAGUUUUCUACCACGUUUUUUGGGUCAAUGAUUUAUGAGGCGCUGUUUAUUAAACUUACAUAUUCCUGAAACCUUCAA